CGGUAGAUAAGAGCGCGCGCGGCGGCCGGGCUUCAGUCUCUCCUCUGUUACCGGACCCGCACCAUGUCUGCAGACCCGUGCUCCUUCUCCUCCGGGACCCGGUCCGCCACCCGGCACCUGAACCUGGUCCUGCACGUGGACUUCUCCCGGCGCGUGCUGCGGGGCUCGGUGCAGCUGACGCUGGAGGCCCUGGAGGACCGGUUCUCCGCCCUGACUUUGGACACCAGGGCGCUGCAGAUCUUCUCCGUGACAGCCAAUGGCCAAGCGGCGCGGUUUACGAUGGGCCCUAAACACAGCUUCAAGGGCACGCCGCUGGACAUCACGCUGCCCUUUGACCUCUCCAGAGGGCAGCAGGUGGUCGUGGAGGUGGCCUACGAGACGUCUCCGGAGGCCUCGGCGCUGCAGUGGCUCUCCCCGGAGCAGACGGCCGGCAGGAAGCAGCCCUACCUGUUCAGCCAGUGCCAGGCUCAUCACUGCAGGAGCAUGGUGCCCUGUCAGGACACCCCGUCUGUGAAGCACACCUACUACGCCCAGGUGUCGGUAGCGAAAGACCUGGUGGCUGUAAUGAGUGCACUGAGAGAUGGACAGGAAGUUGAUCCUCAGGAUAACAACCGCAUCGUCUACAGGUUCCGACAGCCGGUGCCCAUGCCUUCAUACCUGAUCGCCAUCGUGGUCGGAGCCCUGGAGAGCAGGGAGAUCGGGCCGAGGUCCAGAGUCUGGUCUGAGAAGGAGUUUGUGGACAAAGCGGCGUUUGAGUUCUCUGAGACCGAGGCCAUGCUGCAGGCCGCCGAGGCCCUGGUGGGUCCGUAUGUUUGGGGUCAGUACGACAUCCUGGUGCUGCCGCCGUCGUUCCCCUACGGAGGCAUGGAGAACCCAUGUCUGACCUACGCCACGCCCACCCUGCUGGCAGGAGACAAGUCUCUGUCCAACGUGAUCGCUCAUGAGAUCUCCCACAGCUGGACCGGGAAUCUGGUGACCAACCAGACCUGGGAACACUUCUGGCUGAACGAGGGUCACACGGUCUACCUGGAGAGGAUGAUCGGCCGGUCGAUGGUCAGCGAGCAGUUCAGGCAGUUCAAGGCCUUGGGGGGCUGGAAGGACCUGCAGGACUCGGUCAACACCUUCGGGGCCUCCAGCCCCCUCACCCAGCUGGUCCCCAGCCUGCAGGACGUGGACCCCGACGACGCCUUCUCCUCCGUCCCCUACGAGAAGGGCUUCGCUCUGCUGUACCACCUGGAGGAGCUGCUGGGGGGGCCAGAGGUCUUCGUGGGCUUCUUGAGGUCCUACAUCCAGCGGUUCUCCUACGGCAGCGUCACCACUGACCAGUGGAAGACCCACCUCUUCACCUACUUCAAGGACCAGGUGGAGGUCCUGAACAAGGUGGACUGGACCGCCUGGAUGUUCGCUCCUGGGAUGCCUCCAGUCCAGCCUCGGUACGACACCACGCUGGCCGACGCCUGCAUCGCUCUGAGCCAGAGGUGGAUCAAGGCCGGAGACCAGGACCUGAGCGGCUUCCAGGGCUCCGACUUGAAGACGCUGUCGUCCCACCAGCUCAUCGAGUUCCUGUCCCUCCUGCUUCAGGAGGAUGCUCUUCCUCUGAGCCACCUGAAGAAGAUGCAGGAGGUUUAUGAUCUCAAUGCCAUCAUGAACUCAGAGAUCCGCUUCAGGUGGCUGCGGCUGUGUGUGCGGUCCAGGUGGGAGGAGGCGGUUCCCAUGGCGCUGAAGAUGGCGACGGAGCAGGGCAGGAUGAAGUUCACCCGGCCGCUCUUCAGAGAGCUCUACAACGAUGAGAAGUCUCGUGAUGAAGCGGUCCGAGUGUUUCUGGCUCACAGAGCCGAGAUGCACCCGGUGACCUGCAGCCUGGUGGCCAAGGACCUGAAGCUGGAUGCCAGUAAGACCACCGGCCUGUAACGGGACCACCAGACCACCGGCCUGUAACGGGACCACCAGACCACCGGCCUGUAACGGGACCACCAAGACCACCAGACCACCGGCCUGUAACGGGACCACCAAGACCACCAGACCACCGGCCUGUAACGGGACCACCAGGACCACCAGACCACCGGCCUGUAACGGGACCACCAAGACCACCAGACCACCGGCCUGUAACGGGACCACCAGACCACUGGCCUGUAACGGGACCACCAAGACCACCAGACCACCGGCCU